ACUGUUCAAUUGGACCCCAUGAGUUAUAAAACACUGAAACCCAACACAGGAAUCCAAGAGAAGAUCUUUGCACUUAUAGUUACAACACUGAAUUCCAAUUUAGAUUUUUAUUGUAAAUGAUGACCUUCACUUAAUCCUGGAUUUUAUAGAUUUAUGGAUUUAAUGGAUCAUUUUUGGAAACACAUUUUCUGAUUUGUGUUGCACAGGAUUUGGAUUACCACAACAGAAAUCCAACAGAAUAUUUUUAGAAUCGGCAGAGAUUUAUUGCGCACAGCCUUUUUUUAAAAUAUAUAUAUAUAUUUUCAUUCUUACUUCUUAAAUUAUUGUUGUACAAAGUACGCUUUCGUCUGUUUUGGAUAAGUAUUAUCUAGCUUGGAUGAUUUCUCAAGUGAGCAUAAGUAUCACAUCUCUGUUCUGGCUCUGCACCCGUAAUAGAAACUCGGAUCGCUUUCGCAGACUGACACUGCUGCCUGCGGGACGCUCGUCGCUAGUGUGUUAUUUCCCCAUCUUUUUUCAGAAGUUUCUAAGCUUUCGAAGAUAGAAGCGUCUGAAAUGCUCGCCAUCUCCAUUGUAUUCCUCAUUUUCCCCGCUGCGCUCUUUGUUGCCGCGCAAAGCGUUGGAGAUCUCCAGGGCCUCACCUCUCCCGGAGGCAGCGCCGGCUUUGAGCCGCCAGACCCAUGUAUGACUAUAUAUCCACCAUGUCUGAGCGAAUCUGAUCGCUACAGCCUGGAGGCCCUGCGGAGCAUCCACCAGAUGAUGGAUGAUGACCAAGAUGGUGGGAUUGAGGUGGAGGAGAGUAUGGAGUUCAUUAUUGAAGACAUGAAGCAGCAGCAGACUCACAAACACAGCAAGUUGCACAGAGAAGACCAGCACAUCACAGUGGAGGAGCUGUGGAGGGGAUGGAAGUCAUCUGAAGUGCACAACUGGACACUAGAUGAUGUUCUACGCUGGCUGAAAGACUUUGUCGAGCUGCCACAGUACGAGAGGAAUUUUAAGGACUUCAGGGUCAAUGGAAACACCCUACCCAGGAUUGCAGCAAAUGAGCCAUCCUUCCUGAGUUCCCAGUUGAAAGUGCUGGACCAGAGAGACAAACAGAAGCUCAACAUCAAAGCUCUGGAUGUGGUGUUGUUUGGACCACCUACACGCCCCCCUCAUAACUACAUGAAGGACCUGCUGCUCAUUGUGUCUGUGGUGAUGGGAGUUGGAGGCUGCUGGUUUGCCCAGGCCCAAAACAAAGCCAGCAAGGUUCAUGUUGCCAAAAUGAUGAAAGACUUAGAAAGUCUGCAGAGGGCAGAACAGAGCCUCAUGGACCUACAGGAACAGCUGGAGCAGGCUCAGGAAGAAAAACGAAAUGUGGCAGUGGAAAAACAAUACCUGGAGGAAAAGAUGAGAGAUGAGAUUAUUGGAGCUCAGGAGGAAGCUCAUCGUCUGCACGAGCUGAGACGGGGAGCCGUCAGCGAGCUCAGCCGCCUGCGGUACGCAGAGGAAGAACUGGAACAGGUCCGUGGAGCGCUGAAGCAGGCAGAGAGGGAGAUGAUAGCCAGCUGGACAGUCUCGGGCGCCCUUCAGCAGUGGCUCCAGGUUACACAUGAGGUGGAGGUUCAGCACUACAAUGUCAAAAAGCACAGCGCAGAACUGCAACUUGCCGCUGCCAAGGAAGAGGCAGAGAGGAUCAAGAAGAAGAGAAGUUCUGUUUUGGGAACGCUUCAAAUGGCCCACAGCUCCUCCCUAGACCAAGUUGAUCGUAAGAUCAUGGAAGCAAAGCAUGCGUUGUCCGAAGUAACAGCUUGUCUGCGAGAACGUCUUCACCGCUGGCAGCAGAUUGAAUUCCUCUGUGGUUUUCCCAUUAUGAGGAAUCCUGGACUAGCUAACCUCUCCGCUCAACUCUACUCAGACACAACCGCCUUGGGUUUCCCCCGAGUAGCCCAGUCUUCCUGUUCAUAUCACAGCUCUGUACACGGCUCAGUAGAAGAUCUUUUAGAUGAACAACCUGCACCUAUAAUACCACAGAUGCCUGUUCCCAUUCCACCUCUUAAGCGCUCUCCUCGUCUCCGGGGAUCCACCAUCUCAAGGGCACGUCGUCCUGGAGUCCUCCCUCAGUCACAACCUGCUACCAUCUCUCAAGACCCCGACCUUCUGAUCCCCAUUAGAGCUCCUUACUCUUGCUAUGACGAAGGAGAAGAACUCCUCCGAAAAUCUCUUAAAAAACAAGAUUCCCAAGAGAAAUUCUUGGACUCUGAGUUUAUAAUGUCACCUACCCUCAGCAAAAUGUUUCCCAGUCCUAUCCUGGACACUUCAUCUAGAAGGUUGUAUCACGAUGAAGCUGUGCUCCUGGCAGACAGUUCAAUUGCAAAGCCUUUGAGUGGACAAGUAGAAUUUCCUGCUGAUCCUCCAGUUCACAACGUGUCUGAGGAAGAUCAUGAAAUUCCUGUAGAUUUAGGUGUUUCUUGCAAGAAAAUGGUAAAAGAAAAAAUUUUGGAUCCUUCUUUGGAAACCAUUUCUUUUAAGAUUUCAAAUGAAGAAUCUUGUGGAAAUGCUGCACCAAAGAAGAUAUUUAGACGUAGAAGUGAAGUUUCUAUGGAUGAUGCAUUAAGAAAGGGAGUUUCUCAUAAUUUAGAUAUGGAGGUCUCACCCAUAAAAACAGAGAAACAGACCACUGAGGAUUUAAUGGAAGUUUCCUCAAGGAAUCUUUACAUAGACAGAUACGACAUAGACCCUUUGGAGAUGAAAAAGAUUUUUCGACCGGAAAUGGAAUCAUUAGCAGAAACACAGAGGAUAACAUCAAGGGAUAUUACGGAGACUUCAAUAAAUGUGGCCUCAAGAAAGAAAGGGAGAGAUGAUGCUGAACAUUUGAAUGAAUCGAGAAGAGUUACAAGGAAUUCAAUGGGAAUGUCCCAAGACACAGUUUCUAAGAAGCUUCCCCUGAAUAUGGGAGACUUUCAGCUUGAAUCCUCUCUGAUGGCUGUACCAAAGGAUAAAAUAGAUGAGACUGCUGUAAUACCACAAAGAAAGAUAUCUAGAGAAGAGCUGGCAUAUUGUUCAGAUCCUGCCUCUGUCAGAGAACCAAUGGAUGCUUUUAGGGAUGCUCCAAUCUUUAAAGAUACAUCAGAGUUUGGUCUGGAGUCAGCACAAAGCAGACGGAUAUUGAGAAAUGAAGUUGAGAUGUCUGCUGGUUCCCUUAGAAGGAGAAUACCUGGACUUUCAAGAAGCAACACCAGUUCAACAGAUAGUUUCUCUGAGAAUAUCUCGAGGGAUAAAGUGAAUGCUUCAGUUAGCAUGUCUAAGCAUCUAACACAGAGAGACGACUUUGGAGGAUUUGAAUCAAGUUCUUUGCCAUGUCGUAUUGGACAGCCAGAUCUUAUGCUAACAUCCCAAGUGCCAUGGCAGUCGUCCUUAGACCUCUGUACUGCUGGGCCUCUGAGCCAACUUGUGUAUGAUGGAAUCCUUGAAAAAUCAUGCAGCUCUACGUCCUCAGUGCAUAUGCCUCUAUCAGCUUCUACACCAAUCCUUCCUCAGAACAGACUGCUGGCAGAGCUGGAGUCACCACUGCCACCUCCACAGGCUCUUUGCCCAACAAUUGCAUCAUCCUCUGAGAGUCGAGAUGAGAAGAACAAAGAGAAGGGUAAAAGUAAGAAAACUUUAAAGCUCAAAAACCUUUUUAAAAAGAAAAAUGAGUCUACCCCAGAAAAGUCUCACAGCGGUCUUCAGAAGCUCUGACAGCUCGCAAGUGUAUCCCGUCUUCUGAGUUGCAUUGAUUCAGAAAUUCUAGCUUCAGGACAUGUUUGAGUUGGCUAACUGGCCAAGUGAGGUUACAUAAUCCUGGAAAAAAGGAUUUAGCUUCUGCUGGUGCUUAGUGGCAUUGGAUGAAUAGUGAUUGGCUCAGCUCAUGGACUACAUAAUGAGCUGCCGAGGAGCAAACCAAUUAAUUUUAUGUAAAACAUCAGUACUGACCUCAAAUCCAACAAAGUGUUUAAAGCACAACCUAUGAUG